AUGCCAGCUCGUCUCCUGGUUGCUGAUAAUGAUGCGUACUUGAAUGGGAUUUGUCAUUGGUGUGCGCAAGCAAAUAGUAAAAUGAAAUUCAACUUGGUCUCCUUUGACUUGAGCAACGAGGUGUAUUUUAUUACACCUUUUCCUUUAGAAGGCAUGUAUGAUGAUUUUGGUUUUAGCGUGCAAGUGUUAAAUGGGUCUGUUGCUGUGAUAUUAAAGGAUGUAAAGGACAUGUCUUUCCAUGUAUCAAUUUUGGGUGAGCUUGGUGUUAAGGAAUCCUGGGUUAGACUCUUCAAUGUUGAUCCUUUUCCCAUUCAACAUUCUACUGAACCUUUUUUGGCUUGCAUUCCAAAUCCUACCGGAGCUUGGAAAGAGGGCAAUAUAUUCUUCAGAACACCAAAUUAUGAACUAGCUUGUUUAGACUUGACUACCGGGGUGAUUGAGGAGAUUGGUGUUAGAGUAGAAAAUUAUUGUUGCCAAAUGGUAGUUUACAAGAAAAACCUUCUUUCGUUUGGAGUUGCAGACAAUUAA